AUGGAUCUGUCCAUUGUCAACAUCAUAGAGCAUGAUACCAAGGACGGCAGCUUGUCCCGGAUCUGCCUCGGCGGUCCCUCGGUUGCCCGAUCUGGUAGUGAACCUACUAACCUUUUCGAGCAAUAUGCUUCGAGGCCACCGCAUUUCUCAUGUGUCAACCAUGGAUGUUUUCUCCAUGUCUCUUAUCUCUCUAUAUACCAGGUGGGGUCACAAACUAGAGCCUAA